GUUCAAGGCCAGUUGGAUGGGGCCCUGGGCAGCCUGGGCUGGUAUGAAAUGUAGAGGUUGGUGGCCCUGUGUGUGGCAGGGAGUUGGAGAUUCAUGAUCCUUGAGGUCCCUUCCAACCCUGGCCAUUCUGUGAUUCUGUGGUGCUCAAGACCAGCCUUGUGCCCACAGCUGUGCAGUUAGCAGUAAGCCUCUGAAGUGUUUUCUCAGCCUGCCUGCUGGCUCCUUCACUUUGUCAUUGUGGCCAAGUGUGCCACGAUCUUGCAAAGCAUCAUAAUUUUCCCCUCCCCAUUCUGAAAUGUAAAAAAAGCUUUUGCUCUUCCUGUAGAGGUUGAAUCUAGUAUUUUUUAAACAAAGAGAAUAAUUCAAUAAUUGUAAUAUCUGCACUGACCUUGUAGAAAAUAAAAUCAGUGUUAACACAGCUGUUGAAGGACUGAAGCUCAGAGCCAGCCAGAGCCCUACUGGUUUCUAGGUGUUUUCAGUGUUAUACUAUUUGAAGUGUCUUCUUUUUUUUUUUCCUUCAAACUGUCUCAGAGAAAUGCUUCUCACCGAGUGAGCAGAGCUGUCACAGAGGGCUGGAUUUGGGUGUGCAUGUGCUUCUGUAGCACUGUGCUGAAACCUUUGAUGGCAGUAACUGCUGGCAGUGCAGAGUGUGUCUGCCAAGUAGUGCAUGGCACACGUAUGGAAGGUUUCUCAUUUGCUUUAUCUAUCUUAUGGAUAUAAAGCACAUUCCUAACUGGCACAAGCAGCAGAAGGCUGUGUAGCGGCCACCUGGGUGAGAGAAGCUGCGGUGUUCUGGCUCAAACUCAUUCCAGACAGCUGAGGAGCUGCUGUAAACACCAGGGGAAGCCAGGUGCAUCAAAGCUUUACUCUCAGGCACCACAGUGUCAUUCAGCUGAAGAAGCACAGCACCCUUUCUUGCACUUGGCACCCCGAGGUUGGAUGUACACCCUUGGGGAAAGGGCCCUGUGUGCCAAAAGGGUUAUAAGUGCUGUUCAUUAAUGAUGUCCUGCCCAUAACAAGUUAGGGAAUUGAAGGAAGAGCCCUACGAAGAGAUGACGUGUAAUGGCCCAGAUGGCGCCGAACCUGGUGCCACUCCAGCCACUGAUGGCGACCAGGAGUGGAGCCAGGAACACGACCGACUGGGAACCUUUGUGGAGUUUCCCCCUGAUUGUCCGGUUUCAGCAUCAGCACUUGCUCAAGCUGGCUUUGUUUAUACUGGAGAGGGUGAUAAAGUCAAGUGCUUCAGUUGCCACGCGACUGUUGAAGGAUGGCAGCCUGGGGAUUCUGCGGUUGACAGACACAAAAACCUUUCCCCAGAUUGCAGAUUUAUUUCUGAGUCUGUGUUUUUGGAAAAUAACGUACAUCCUCUUGUGCAGAGCCACCGGCAUAGAACUGAAAAUGGCUCCAGCAAUUUAGCCCUCUCACCUGCUCUGGAGGACCUGUCUGAUGUGGAGGCAGAUUACCUGUUGAGAACCAGGCAGGUUGUGGACAUGUCUGAUACUCUGUAUCCUAAGAACCCCUCUAUGUGCAGUGAAGAAGCCAGGCUGAAGUCCUUUCACAACUGGCCCCCCUACGGCCUAUUGACUCCAAAGGAAUUAGCUAGUGCAGGACUCUACUACACAGGUGUUGGUGAUCAAGUCGCGUGUUUUUGUUGUGGUGGGAAACUGAAAAACUGGGAGCCUGGUGAUCGAGCUUGGUCUGAGCACAAGAGGCAUUUUCCCAAGUGCUUUUUUGUCCUGGGUCGGGACGUUGGAAACGUUUCAACUGAAUCUGUUUGUGCUGAGCUUGGGAGAAGCUGUCUGAACAACGAACAGCAUCCGAGGAAUCCAUCCAUGGUAGAAUAUGAGAGGAGGAUACAAACGUUUCUAACUUGGAUGCACCCUGUUAACAAGGAACAUCUUGCUGAGGCAGGCUUCUACAGCACAGGCAAUGGUGAUCACGUUGUGUGCUUCCACUGCGGUGGAGGAUUGCAGGAGUGGAAGGAAAAUGAAGACCCGUGGGACCAACACGCCAAGUGGUUUCCUGGGUGCAAGUUCUUGAGAGAGGAAAAGGGACUAGAAUUUAUAAAUAAUGUUCACUUAAGAGACGGAUGUAUGGAUUCAACAAUAGAAGCUGCUGAAGUUACAGUACUUCCUAAAGAUGACCUCUUACAGAAUCAGUUGGUACAGAAUGCCAUACACAUGGGUUUCAGUUUGUCUGAGAUUAGGAGCACUAUGGAAAAGAAGUUGCACAUGUCUGGAGAAAGCUAUACGUCUGUUGAGGAUCUGGUAGCAGACUUAAUAAGUGCUCAGAAAGAAAAUGCAAAGGGAGAACCACCGAAAGAAAGCCCACUUGAGCAAGAUCUCAGUAUUGAAGAGAAGUUAAGACGCUUGCAGGAAGAAAAGCUCUGUAAAAUCUGUAUGGCUAAAGACAUAUCAGUAGUCCUCAUUCCCUGUGGUCACCUGGUUGCGUGUAAGGAAUGUGCUGAAGCAGUUAAUAAAUGUCCUCUGUGUUGUACAAAUAUUACCAAGAGACAGAAAAUUUUUAUGUAUUAAUGAAAGGCACAGUACUGCGGAUGUAAGUGCUCCUGCUUUAUUUCUUUAAACGUGUGAUGUGACAACAGAAGGCUGGGUGUUCACCAGUCUAGCACACACUUAUGGUGCAUCUCACUUUGGAGAUCAUGUAAACACUAAAGCUUUAAUCAACACCCUGAAAAAUGAGUUGACUGUCAGAAGCUGCUAGAUUUUGGUUUAGAGCACUCCUAUCCUACUGCCUCCUUAGUGCUCUCCUCACUUUUUGUGCUUUUACUUUUUUCCCCCACCAAUAAAUUUGAGAAAUCAGACAGCAUAUAAAUAACAGAAAAAAAUCUACUAUUUAUAGACUGUGUUUCUACUAAUUUGCUCAGCUCAUUUAUCAGAAAUAGACCUGCUUAAUUUUCUCUUCUAGUGGGACCAAGGGUAAACAGCCUCAUCAGAGGAAAGAAAUGCUUUAGGGUAAUUUUUAUGUUGUUAUUUUGAAUAUUCAGAUAUCCGAAUAGAUUUUAUGGGGUUAAAAUUCUUUCUGAUUCAUUGGAUGCUACAUUAAGGACUUCAUUUUGUGCAUCGUAUCCCCUACUAAUCUGGUGUUUCUAGCUUGAAAAACAUCAGCUAAAGUAUCUUUUCGUUUUAUUCUCGUCAUUCGCCUAUCUUAAGAGUAAAAUAACAUCAGUAGGAGCAGCUUUGCUAUAGGUUCUGUCUG